AUACUGUGUGUUCUCUUCUCUGAGAGACCCAGUAACCAGACAGACUGACACCAUGGGCUGUGAGAGAGGGUUGUUCCUGACUGCUGCUCUGCUGGCUGUCUUUUCAUGCAGUGAUGCUAUCACCGGCGGGCGAGAGGCGGAGGCCCACUCCCGUCCCUACAUGGCCUCGCUGCAGGUCGCCGACGGCGGCAGGAUGAAACAUGAGUGCGGAGGGUUUCUGGUGGCUGAUCAGUGGGUGAUGAGUGCCGCCCACUGCUUUCUCUCUGGGUCAGAAGGGAGGAAGGUCGUCCUAGGGGCUCACUCUCUGAACGAACCAGAGGAUUCUAAACAAACUUUUGACAUUGUUCAAGUGUUCAGUCACCCUGCUUUCAGCAUAUCUAACUAUGAUAAUGACAUUGCUUUGGUCAAGCUGGACCGGCCAAUCGUGGCCAGUGAUGCUGUAAAGUCCCUGAAGUUCCAGCGUGACGGUGCAGCUGACCCAGACACGGACCAGGAAGUCAACACGGCGGGGUGGGGGUCACUGAACAACCUGGGGUCACGACCUGACAAGCUACAGGAACUGGUCAUCGCUGUGAUGAACCGUGUUCGAUGCGGCCGCAGUGACUACUAUGGCAGGAAGUUCACCAACAACAUGCUGUGUGCUGCCAGCACACGCAGCGACACCUGUGAUGGGGAUUCUGGAGGUCCUCUCCUGUAUAAUGGUGUUGCAGUUGGGAUCACUUCAAAUGGAGGGAAGAAGUGUGGAUCCAGCAAGAAGCCUGGUUUAUACACCACCAUCUCCCACUACAGCCAGUGGAUAGACAGGACCAUGACCCAGUAGAAGCCUGGUUAUACACCACCAUCUCCCACUACAGCCAGUGGAUAGACAGGACCAUGACCCAGUAGAAGCCUGGUUUAUACACCACCAUCUCCCACUACAGCCAGUGGAUAGACAGGACCAUGACCCAGUAGAAGCCUGGUUUAUACACCACCAUCUCCCACUACAGCCAGUGGAUAGACAGGACCAUGACCCAGUAGAAGCCUGGUUAUACACCACCAUCUCCCACUACAGCCAGUGGAUAGACAGGACCAUGACCCAGUAGAAGCCUGGUUAUACACCACCAUCUCCCACUACAGCCAGUGGAUAGACAGGACCAUGACCCAGUAGAAGCCUGGUUUAUACACCACCAUCUCCCACUACAGCCAGUGGAUAGACAGGACCAACAGAAGCAGGUUAUGUCCCACAUGUCACCGAUUUCCACAUGUAGUGCACUUCUUUUGACCAGGACUCAUAGGACCGUGACCUAGUAAUACAUUAAAACAACAUUCAUUAUAUUAUAUCACUUUAUGAAACAUAUAAUCAUACCUUAUGUAAAAAUCACCCCAAUAAACCAUUCACAUGAAUCAAUAAAGUA